AGCGGAUCGCGUGGAGUGACGGUCCCACCGCAGCGGACUGAUUUCUAAAGACUCUUGGUCCAUGAGGAAGAAACUGGGAAGAGGAAGAGGAAAGCAGAGGAGUCAGGGAUGGCUCCUCCUCAGGGUCUACUGACAUUCAGCGAUGUGGCCAUAGAAUUCUCUCAGGAGGAGUGGAAAUGCCUGGACCCUGCUCAGAGGACUCUAUACAGAGACGUGAUGCUGGAGAAUUAUAGGAACCUGGUCUCCCUGGAUAUCUCUUCCAGAUACGUGAUGAAGGAGUUCUCAUCAACAGCACAAGGCAAUACGAAGGUGAUCCACAGAGGGACAAUGCAAAGACGUGAACGUUAUCACAUUGGAGAUUUUUGCUUCCAGGAAAUGGAGAAAGAUAUUCAUGAUUUUGAGUUUCAGUGGAAAGAAGAUGAAAGAAAUAGCCAUGAAGCACCCAUGACAAAAAUCAAAGAGUUGACGAGUAGUACAAACCGACAGGAUCAAACACAUGCUGGAAACAAACCUAUUAAAGAUCAGCUUGGAUUAAGCUUUCAUUCGCGUCUGCCUGAACUGCAUAUAUUUCAGCCCGAAGGGAAGAUUGGUAAUCAAGUUGAGAAGUCUAUCAACGAUGAUUCCUCGGUUUCAACAUCCCAAAGCAUUGAGAAGUCUAUCAACGAUGCUUCCUCAUUUUCAACAGCCCAAAGAAUUUCUUGUAGGCCCAAAACCCAUAUAUCUAAUAACUAUGGGAAUAAUUUCCUGAAUUCUUCAUUACUCACACAAAAGCAGGAAGUACACUGAGAGAAAAAUCUUUCCCAUAUACUGAAAUUGGCAAAGCCUUUAAUUAUAGGUCACUCUUAAGGAAACAUCAGAUAAUCCCUUUAGGAGCG